UGCUCCGUCAAUCCUUCAUUUUGUUUUUUCGUGAAAUUGCAGAAGAAAAUUUGAAGAAAGAAAAUCCCCCCGAAGCAGUAGCUGCAUUAUCAUUUCCACAUAAAUUGUAUGAGUAGAAUAUGUCUAAACACCUGGUCUUCAUGUGUACAUAGCUAUGGCUGCGACGAGAAAGUUGCAAGGAGAAAUAGACAGAUGCUUGAAAAAGGUGACUGAGGGGGUGGAAACAUUCGAGGAUAUUUGGCAGAAGGUACAUAAUGCCACAAACAGUAAUCAAAAGGAGAAAUAUGAAGCUGAUCUCAAGAAGGAAAUCAAGAAGCUGCAGCGAUUGCGCGAUCAGAUCAAAUCUUGGAUCGCAUCGGCUGAGAUUAAGGACAAAAAUGCCCUGCUGGACAACCGGCGGCUCAUAGAGACCCAAAUGGAGCGCUUCAAGGUGGUGGAGCGCGAGACAAAAACCAAGGCGUACUCAAAAGAAGGUCUUGGGGCCGCACAGAAAUUAGACCCCAUUCAGCGAGUAAAGGAGGAGACGAGCACAUGGCUAACAGCUUCAAUAUCCAACCUGCAAAUCCAGAUUGAUCAGUACGAGAGUGAAAUUGAAUCCUUGCUGGCAGGUAAAAAGAAGCGUCUCGACAAGGAUAAGCAGGAUCGAAUGGAUGAGCUGCGUGCAAAGUUGGAUCGUCACAAGUUCCACAUAACAAAACUCGAGACAAUUCUGCGGCUACUGGAUAACGAUGGUGUCGAAGUGGAGCAAAUACGAAAAAUAAAGGACGACGUUGAGUACUACAUUGAAUCAUCACAGGAGCCGGACUUUGAAGAGAACGAAUACCUCUACGACGAUAUUACAGGAUUGGAUGAGGUGGAACUGUCCGGUACAGGCAUUGCGUCGUCCGCAACGACGGACAGCAACAACAGCAAUGAUACUGGUGGGUCGCCAAGUAGCAUGACAUCUGGCACGAGUCCUACACAGUCGCCGGCGCUCAAUUGUAGUACCGCCACCACCCACAAUCACAGUGCAGAUUCCGCCACGGCAGAUUAUGCGUUGGCUAGCAGUGAAAAGAGAGGCAGCAAGGAUGCCACAAAGGUGACACCGGUUAAACCUACAGCUGUGCGGAUGAACAAGAUUGAUCUGAGCUCGUCGGCAGCGACAUCGGGAGCCGUAGCGACACUCCCGAUGCCCGGUAGCGGGGUAAGCACCAAUUCCACGGCAAACAGUACUACACUGACAAGCAGCAGUUCUGUCGGCGGUUCAACGGUGGCUGCCCAGCUGAAGGAGGGUAUUCAGCCUCCGUGUAAAAAUGUGUGUUCAACGCCAAGCAAAAAUAUCCCAUUGCUACCAUCGGCGUCAUCACUGGUCUCCUCUGUCACGUCAUUAUCCUCCCAGCCGCCAGUUGCAGUUCCAGCCACACCUUCAAUGGCUUUUGCUGUCGUUGCCAAACAUAAUACAUCACUAAUGGAGAAUGGUCCUGUUCACCAGAUGCCAUCAUAUUCCACGGCAACGUCUUCGGUGGGUCUUCUCUCGGCGCUCACAAGUAGCCAUCAGUCUCAACCGACUAAUAUUCCACAAAAUCAAAGCAUCUCAUCGACAGGUAGUGUCGCACCUCCGCAGAUCCCGAAUAGUAAUUUGAUUCAUACUAAUUUAACGGCCGCAUCUGCCUCAGAAGGCAUUUUCAUCAAUAGUACUGUGAGCAGCAGUAGCAACAGUACAAACUGCGUCUCACCCAGUCACUCGAUUACUGCUAGCAGAGCAUCUCCGGGACUGCUUUCGCCGCAGCAACAAAUGGUGAAUGGUCCAAGUAUGAAUCUGAAGAACGCACCCGUCUCAUCGAACUCUCUGGUAGCAUCGGUUGUAGCCGCAGAAGUGGCGUCUGAUUCAAUGUCAACACUGAAAACAAUGGCACAAGAAGCGAUCUCCCGGGCUGGUUUGUCUACCGUGGCCCAAUCAUCGGUGUCCGUGACGGGAAAUAUGUCGUCUGGUUCCAUAGCACCCACUAUGACAACAUCAGCCGUUGGCCAAUCGGCUGUUACAUCCACCAUUCUACCGCAGCAACAGCAACUGUACGUGGACUCGGUAACGGGGGUACCAGUCCUUGCGACAGCUACGAAUGGACCCAAUGUGAAUGUCGCCAAUGUUGUGACGAGUAGUAUUAAAAAUUCGGGAACUAAUGAGGCGCACAUACCGCCGCUGCUCGGUGUUGCUCCACUGGGACCGUCACCACUGCAGAAAGAGCAUCAGUUACAGUUCCAAAUGAUGGAGGCUGCUUUCUAUCAUUUGCCAACGCCGAGUGAUUGUGAGAGAUUAAGGACAUACCAGCAGCGACAGCCAGUGCAGACUCCACAACAUUAUCCGCAGAAUCAACUGCCUCAUUCUGACACUGUUGAAUUUUUCCAACGAUUAUCACCCGAGACGUUAUUCUUUGUCUUUUACUACAUGGAGGGGACAAAAGCUCAAUAUUUGGCAGCCAAGGCUCUGAAAAAGCAAAGCUGGCGUUUUCACACAAAGUACAUGAUGUGGUUUCAGCGUCACGAAGAGCCCAAAAUUAUUAAUGAAGAAUACGAACAGGGUACGUACAUCUAUUUCGAUUAUGAAAAGUGGGGGCAACGAAAGAAGGAGGGAUUCACAUUUGAAUACAAGUACUUAGAAGAUAGGGACCUGAAUUGAUAAUGUGGUUGGGAAGAGAUUCACGAUUUAAAUGCCACACCGUUGAUUCAGUUGGAGAAAUCUCCAAGAAAAAAACCUGCACACAACAACAACAACAAUUCAGGAUAUUGUGAGCGUGUCAAAGAUGCUGGACGUGAAAAGGUGAAAUUCCGACAUUAAUGGAACAUUAAAAAAAAGAGGUAAAUAUGUAUUGGUUAAAUUUUUCAAACAAUAAAACAAAACAGAUGUAAAAAAAAAAAAGCAACAACCUACUCCCUGUGUGAGAGAAGAGACAGAAUACUACAAAAAAAAUCAAUUGUUUAGUGAACAAACGAGAAUGUGUAAAGAGAGCGAGAGAAAAUAAUGAUAACACUUAAAUGCGACAAUUCAACAAUUUGAUCAGUGAUAGAAACAAAAACAUUUUUUAUACCGAUAUAUAAAAUAUAUUUAAAAAAUAUAAAUAGCGACAAAAUACAUCCCAAUUACUGUUGCAGCAAUGUCGACAAGGUACACAGUUUUUAUGAAGAAAUCUCUGAUAGGAAAAAAAACGAAACAAAUAAAAGAAACGUAAGGACAAUUAUUGCCGGUAAAAAAGCGUGUAGAUUGUUUCACAACAAUCUAAUUCAAUGAUAUAAAAAGCACAGAAAUAAACUACUAAAAACAUAAAAGUUCCCCGAAUUAGCACACAAUUUUAAUUACUCGCUGUAUUUGACUCAUUGUGUAGGUCUAAUGUUGUCGGUUGUCUGUAGUAUUGUUAAAAUCUCAACUUUUCGUUGAAUCGAAUUGCAAUCCGGAUCUUUCAUUUGGUCCAGUCUUGAGAAAAAAAAUAGUUUUCUUGGUUUGAGUAUAAAUUGUCGAAUAUUGAUUAUUAGUUUAUGUUUUAAACUCAUCCCAAAUGAUCAAAAUUUUCAAUUAAAUUCCCUUUAGGCUAUAUCUUCAGCUUCAUUUAUUGCUAAAGAAAAGCGUAGAGCCAAAGACAUUGAUUUUCAUUUACAAUUUUGGUGUAAAAAUCAGUUUUUGUGAAUUAAAAGCAAUCACAUACGGAUAUCAUUGUAAAUGCAUUUUAUUAAUCUAAUUUUUCGAAAUAUAAAGAAUUGUGUGCUUAGCUCGGGGGAUACUACCUAUAGAACAACAGAAAUUAAUCCAUUUACAUUGAACACUGUCAAAAAGUUGCGUUUUAUCUUUUCCAGUUUAUACACACAGACCUCGAUGUUCAAUGCAAACGAAAGAGGAAUUAAUUACAGUGAAAAAAAAAGAUGCAAAAAAAUUGAAAACCAAAAAUAAUAUUUUUUUGUUCAAAAUUGUCUAAAAGAAAAUGCUAUGAUAUUCAAAUUUUAAACAUAAAAAUAAUACAUUAUUGAGGAAAAAAAAACCUUUUGAAAACUCAGUGCAUAAUGAAUGGUAAAUGAAAAUGUUAAAAAAAGAAUGUAUUUAUUAAUAAAAGAAAAAAUUCAAACAGAGAAAAUGUGUUCUGUGAAGAAAAGAAAAACAAGGAGACGAGACCGAAAAAAAAACAGAUGAUGGAGACCUUAAAAAAAUAAAUAAUGUAAUUAAAGUGCAUUUAAAUGAAACAGUUGAUAAGGAGUUAAUUUGUAAAAUGAUAAAUGAAUCUGAAAAUUUUAGAAUUUGAUUCCGUCUCUUGUUAAACUCAUUUAUUGCAUGCAAAGUAAAAAAAAAAGAGAGAAAAUACUUAGAAAUAUCUCACAAAAUCGCGCUUUUUUCAAUUUAUAAAACUCACAUUACCCCCUCCUGGAUUUGUCUCAAAAAAGCAGUAGCAGUAAAAGAAAAAAACAUGCAAGUUUAUCUAAAAAAAACUAAAUGAUUGAUGGAGAUCCUUUUCCAUGGAUCUUUCCAGGCAGUAAAAAUAAACAUAAGAAGAAAAAAAUGAGAUGAUUUGUUUGAAAAAUCCCCCUCAAGUCCCAGCGUCCUUUUUGUCAUCGAAAUAGUGUGUAAAGUAAGGGAGUUAUAAUACAAAAAACAUACAAUAUGUGUAUACCGUGUUUUUAUGUGUCCCCUCAUAUUAUUUACAACCUAUUUUAGGUGUCGAAAAAAAAAUAAAAAUUUUGUAAUUGUAUAUUCAAAGCAUUCAAAGUAACUUUGCAUUAAUGCUCCACCAAUUGCAGCUGAAUGAAGAAUUGGAAGUCUCUCUGAUUGGUUGAUAAAUUCAUUAAGAGUGUUGCUUCGAUGCAAAGUUAGUUUGAAUAGAUAUUUUAUAACAAUUCUCAAUUUAAAUUGUCUAUAGUGGAAUAAACAUAAAAAUGCGGUAUACUUUAAAAUUUUCAUUAUCUUAACACAUUCAACGACAGGAACGAUAUUAUCUCGUUCGCCAGAGUGUAGGAAACUCCUGAUUGGGGCUAAAAGGAAAAAAAGAAGAAAUCCUUAAUCGCAUGCUUCAAUAAAGUGUCGAGGAUUUAUGUUUAUGUUGGCCUCUCAUUUAAAUUUACAUAAAAAACAUUGUCCUGGCAGUGAAUGUGUUAAUAGAAAUUGGUAGUAAUUUCAAGUAGCUCACAGGAGGAGCCAGGAAAAUUGCGCCCCUCUGACGAUUACAUACUUUUCUGUAGUAUGAAUUUGACACACAAUAUGAGGAAAAAAAUGAAGUAGGUAAUUAAUUGGAAUUACCUUAAGAUUUAACAAGAUAUAUAAAUUGAUAAGGAUGCAAGUUAAGAUGGAGAAAAGCAAAAUGAGCGCAUUUUUAUAAUGCAAAAAUACAACACUAAUGUAAAGAAAAAAAGUAAUUAAAUAAUUAAUUUACUUUCCAGA